AUGUAUAAUGACCUGUGGUCUCAGAGCUUCUCUAUUGUCAAUGUGAGGCAUCUUCCAAGAACAGGAUCGGACCAUAGGAUCCUCCUUAUGAAAUGUGGUAACAUGGAACCUCCAAAGGCUAAAUAUUUCAAGUUCUUGAACUUUUGGACUGACCAGGAUGACUUCUUGGAAACAGUGAAGAAUUCUUGGCAAAUAGAAGUAAGGGGUAAUCCCAUGUGGAUCAUGCAACAGAAACUGAAGAGACUUAGCAAUUGUCUUAGCCAGUGGUCCAAAAACAUUGGCAAUGUCUUUGAUAAAGUGAAGGAUCUUGAAGAGCAAAUACUUUGGAUGAACAAGGAGACUGUUAUUCUCAGACAAAAAGCCAGAAUUAAGUGGCAAGAAGAAGGAGAUAGUAACACUAAAUAUUUUCAUAGUGUUAUUAGACAUAAGAGGAAAAAAUCUCACAUAUACAGGAUCAAAAAUGAGUUUGAUGAAUGGAUCCAAGGGGAUGAUAGAAUUGCUGAUGCUGCCAUCAGACAUUUCAAUAGAUUGUUCUCACAGCCUGAUCAGUUCACUGAAUUCAAGAUCCUGGAUAAUAUUGAGAAACAGGUGACUAAUGAGGAUAAUGAGAAUCUUGUGGCUAUCCCUAUUAUGGAGGAAACUUACCAAGCUAUUAUUUUCUUGGAUCCUGACAGUGCCCUUAGGCCUGAUGGUUUUAAUGGAAGAUUUUAUCAAGCUACUUGGGAGAUUAUCAAAGAUGAUGUUCAUAAUAUGGUAAGGGAUUUCUUCAGAGGGGGAAAACUCACCAAGUUUUUUACCCAUACCUGCCUGAUCUUAUUACCUAAGGUGGACUCUCCUAGUAGUUUCUCUCAGAUGAGACCUAUUAGUUUGAGUAACAUCCCAAAUAAGACUGGGUUUAUUAAAGGCAGACUGAUAACAGAUAAUGUGUUACUUACUCAAGAAUUAGUCCAGGACAUCAAGAAGAAUAACAAAUAUGGGAAUAUAGUUAUGAAACUAGACAUGGCCAAAGCCUAUUACAAAGUUUCUUGGCUAUUUCUCAAAGCUGCUAUCAGAAAAAUGGGUUUUUCUGAAAUUUUUAUUGAUGUCAUUCAUAGACUCAUUUCUAGGUUUGCUGAGACUUUGUCCAACGCACUGAAUAAUCUACACAACAAGGAAAGGUACAUUGGUUGCACUAUACAACAGAAGGGGCCUUUGAUCAAUCAUCUAUGUUAUGCAGAUGACAUAGUCAUUUUCUCAUCUGGAAACAAGAGAACCAUCAAAAUGAUCACUAGAAUUCUAAAGCAGUAUGAGAGGGAAUCUGGUCAAGAGAUCAAUAUUUACAAUAGUGUUUUCUUAACUGCAACUCAUUCACAUAAGAAUAGAAGAAGGAUGAUUAGUAGGAUCACUGGGCACAAACAUCAAUUUUUUCCCGUGAAGUAUUUGGGAUGUCCUAUUUUUCCUGGAAGGAAGAGAUUAUCCGAUCUUGUUGAUAUUGCUAAAAGUGUCAUGAACAAGGCUCAAGGAUGGCAUGGUCUUGGUCCUCUAGCUAUUUAUCACCAUUCUAAUCCCAGUACUCUUAUGGUAACAGACUGCCUACAAGGAGACAACUGGGACAUGGAGUAUAUAUCAAAAUUGGUUCCACCAAAUAUAUGUGAUGUUAUUCAGAAGGUGGAUAUUGGGCAAAGAAACAAGAUGGACCAGGCCAUCUGGAUUGAUAAUCCAUCAGGAAAGUUCACUUGUGCCAGUGCCUUUCAUGCCCUGAGGAAAAGAAUGUCUGAAUCUCCUAUAUGGAAGUGCAUAUGGAAUAAAGGAAACUCCUUUAAAAUGGCUUUUAUCAGCUGGAGAAUUAUCAAGAAUAAGCUGCCUAUGUAUGAUAGAAUUAAGAAUUUCUCUAAUAAUUCUGAUCCGAUGUGCAUUUGUUGUAAUCAUCCUAAGGAGGAAACUAUUCUCCAUGUAUUCAUUGAAGGGGAUUUAGCUAUGAAGUGCAUACCUGUCCUUAUCUGUUGGGAAUUGUGGAAAGCUUGGAGCUCCGUAAAGUAUGGAAACAAGAAGUACUCUAAGGCUAAGAUUUGCUAUGAAGUGGCUCAGUAUAUGAAGUGUAUCUUGAUUAAAAAAGGUUACAACAUUGACUUAAGAGAUAAUUGGAGCAGGAUAUGCAGUAGCAUGGAAGCUCAUAAAGCUAUCUUAACUAGCAUACCUAUUGUUUGGAACAAACCUCCAGACAAUGUCAUCAAGAUGAACACUGAUGGUAGCAAAGGUUCCAAGAACAAAGCGUGA